AUGGCUGUCAGUGGCAGAAAUCACGAAGAGUCUGAGGAAUGCGAUCCACCGUUUAUCUCUGGCAUCAAGAAACACAUAUCCAAGACUCUCCAUUGCUUCCGACACAAAGUUGUGUUGCAUCAGACAAAUUUCCUAUCGCCAGAUGUCCUUGUUGCCAAUGCUCACCCGUUUCCAAGCAAGCUUGGUUUACCGAGUGAAGAAACCCUUGUCAUUGUCAUCAUUUUAAUGUUCAUUUUCCCAUUUGCACCCCUCAAUUCUUUUCAGAAGGUCAUCCACAAAAUUCAUGAAGGCCUGAAAUUGUUCAAGUGCGACGUGUGUGGCAAAGCUUUCUCUCGACGUUCUUAUUUGACUGUCCACGAGCGGAUACACACGGGCAAACGGCCGUACCAAUGCCACGUGUGUGGCUGUGCUUUCUACCGCGGCGACCACCUUGUCCGGCAUCGGAGGAAGCAGCACGGGGAAGAACCCGUAACGACCGUGUAUGUGACGACAGCCAGCGAUGGCAGCCAGACAGUGUACACUCACGCCAACCCAGGUGACCUUCAACCCCAACAACUCAACAUUCAGGUACAGAUGGAUGGCCAGGAACUGAAGUGUAACAACAUUAUUAUUAACAGCAUCGGCGAAAGUAUUGAGAGUGAUCAGAAGAACGCCACGUACACUGACUGCACCAUGUGCAACACUUCUUGUGGUGGGACGCAGUGUUGCAUCGAAGCGACACAACAGCAAGAACAACAACAGGUGCAGCAAGUACAACAGAUACAACAGUCACCACAGCAGCAACAACAACAACAACAACAACAACCACAGCAACCACAACCCCAACCGCAGCAGCACAUUAUUACGGAUUGCAGUGGAAUAACAAAAAUGGUGAUUGGGGAGCAGAUUGAAACACCGAUACAGUUUCAGAACUGUGCCACCAUUGAAGAGCCGAAACCUUUUGCAGCAGUACAACGUGCAGUGUUGUGCAGCAGUGGUACAACUGUUGCUGACGGCACCACUACUGCAGUGACAACCAACAGUAAGGCAUCCGGCCGGACUGGUGCACCUGUAUCGCUCAAAUGUGAAUUCUGCAACAGAACCUUUUCCCGACGCGACAACCUCGAGCGCCACAAGAGCUCCCACUCGGACAUCAAACAGCAGCAGCAGCAACAGCAGCAACAGACCAUCGAUACAAAGGACAUAAACACCAAUGAAGCUAACAUCCUGACUGUGACCCAACAAAUGGCUCCGAUCACUGGUGAGGGCGGUACUGUUGUCGUGCCGGUCAGCAAUGUGCAGAGCUUGACCAACUCUAAGACACAACAGAUUUACCACACGACUAUUGCCAAACUCGGCUCAACGACUACGGCCAUGCCCGUGUUCCCAUCGACCAUUGAAAUCUCACCUGCGACCACACAGAUCUUUCCUACCAUACAAAUGUAUGCUUCAACAUGCCUGAAUGUACCUCAGACUGUACGUAACAACACGCGGGACACGGCAUGGUGA